AUGUCUUUCCUAUGGCUAAGUAUUCUUACAUUUGCUACCAUCUUGAUAACUCAUUUGUUCCGAAAAUGGAGGGAUCCUAAGAUAGCCAAUGGAACUCUCCCUCCCGGCUCGAUGGGAUUUCCCUUUAUAGGCGAAACCCUCGAGCUUCUUAUUCCUAGUCGUUCUCUCGAUCUUCAUCCUUUCAUUAAGAAGAGAAUCCAAAAGUAUGGGCCGGUUUUCAAGACCAAUUUUGCGGGUAGACCGGUGGUGAUCACGACUGAUGCCGAGGUUAACCACCACUUGUUCUUACAAGAAGGGAGGUCGGUAGAGAUGUGGUAUUUGGACACGUUCGCGAAACUAUUCAACAUGGAUGGAGAGUCCAAGCCAACCGCGUUUGGGGCUGUCCAUCGAUAUGUUAGAAGCAUUGUUUUGAAUCAUUUUGGAACCGAGAGUCUUAAAAAGAAGCUUCUACCUCAAAUGGAAACCUUUGUGGAUGCAACAUUGAAAACAUGGACUGUUCAAGACUCUAUCUUUGUCAAAGAAGCUGUUGCAAGUAUGGUUUUUGAUUGCACCGCCAAGCAAAUGAUUGGCUACGAUUCAACAAAAUCCGUCGAUAAAUUAAGCGAGAAGUUUACAAGUAUUUUACAAGGAUUGAUGUCUUUCCCAAUAAAUAUUCCCGGAACAGCAUUCCAUAGGGUUCUACAGGAGAGCAAGAAGAUAACCAAUAUGAUAAGAGAGAAAAUCAAGGAAAAACAAAAAUUCCCCAAGGAAUUUGAUGAAGAUCUUCUUGAUCAAGCUGUAAGAGAGAUGAGAUCCGAGAAAUUCCUAACCGAAGAUUUCAUCGUCCACUUCAUCUUUGGCGCUUUGUUUGCUAGCUUUGAGUCGAUUUCAUCGGCUAUAACUUUGGCAUUUAAGUUACUCUCCGACCACCCUCAAGUUGUCAACGAGCUUAGGGCCGAACAUGAAGCGAUUCUUUCGAAACGAGAAAAAUCUGAUGAGACGUCUCUUCUUUCAUGGGAUGAAUACAAAUCAAUGCCUUUUACUCUCCAUGUUAUCAAUGAGACCCUAAGGUUGGCAAAUGUUUCUCCCGGUUUACUUAGAAGAGCAAUGAAAGAUAUUCAAGUCAAUGGUUAUACAAUUCCCGCUGGUUGGACUAUCAUGGUUGCUACGUCAGCUCAACAACUUAACCCUAAAACAUACGAUGACCCAUUGGCGUUCAACCCAUCGCGGUGGAAGGAACUCGAUGCGAGUGUGAUAUCAAAGAACUUCAUGCCCUUUGGAGGAGGAAUGAGGCAAUGUGCUGGUGCAGAUUUCACUAGGGCUUUCAUGACCACUUUCUUCCAUGUAUUAGUAACAAAAUAUAGCUGGGAAAAGGUCAAGGGAGGGGACAAGAUUGGAAGAACACCAUUUUUAGAUUUUGGAGAUGGCAUUCAUAUUAAGGUUUUGAACAAGGUGUAAAACUGCAAUAUCUUAAGAGAAAAUAAUAAGAUAUUGCGGAAGGACAUAUUUCCAGGAUUUCAUUUUUAGAAAAAAUUAUUUCU